AUGGCCGACAAAUGCACUUCUUGUAAUCAAACCGUAACAACAAGACAACAAGCGAUACAGUGCGAUGGCUGUAUGAAGUGGAAUCAGCGUUCUUGCAACAUUGGUAAGCUGAUUUUUUUUUUUUUUUCAUUCAAUAAGUUCUUCAAGACCAUUCUCUCCUCCUUGCUCUUUUAUGAAAUACCCGUUGUGCUACCAGUUUUGACAAUUCUUUCUUCAAUUUUGUUAUAGGCAUUACUCAACAAGCUUACCGUGAAGCCGUACGGGUAGGUGCCGACAUCAGUUGGUUCUGCUUGCCAUGCCAACCUGGUUCACCAGUAGCCGAGAGUUCCAGGAUUUCGGAACAGUCGACGGACAUACUAGAGUCAUCUGAGUUUAACCCGCGAACGUACCAUAGUGAUUCGCUGCAGUCGACGAUCUACGAUGCACCGGCCCAGUCAACUACGGUAAAUCUUUAACGUUUUUAAAGGGAAUUCGAAGCUCGACAUGUAUCUUUAACACUUAAUGUAAUUUACUUACAUGUUCUGAUAUUUUCUUGUGUUCCUUUUCCAGGACACUGCGGAGGACGAACCCUCUCAUCGACCAAUCUUGGACCCCGCCCCUGAUGAAUCAUCCAUCACUGAACAAACACCCGAACCAUCAACCGCUCUAUUCGCUUUAACAUUUGAGAUCAUUGAAGACUCCACUUCAAAAGGCAGACCAAAGCUAAUUGACAGCAGGGGAUACUGCUAUGGUGUCAAACGCCGUCGAGUCAACGCCAAUGACUGGAUAUGCACCAGAAGACCCAAGGUGAAUAUAAUUUCAUUUGCUUUUAAUUAAAAUAUUCAAACUACGGAAUUGUGCUUUUCCGAAAGCACAAUUCGACGAUUUACUCCGCACUGGAAAUUAUUUAUUAUCUCAGGCAAACGUUACAUCUUUAUUACAAAGAAAAAGUGCUUUCCCCCUACUGUGAAUAGGUCCUAAUUGCCUUUUGUACAUUUCUUAUACCAGGUCAAUCCAUGCAAAGCAAGUAUAAUUGAGCGCUCCGGCUCAUUCCACCUUGGUUCAAACGCCCACAACCACGCAGCAGAAGUCGACAUUAGCCGCCAGCAUUACAGCAAAAGUCAAGGCCAAAGCAGCAGUAGAUAUUUUCAGACCAGCAUCCGCCAUUGUGGAAGAGGUCCUUUUUAGAAGAUCUGAAGGACGUCCCCUCUCUGUGUUUACCGAAGCCGAAAUACAUAGCCCGAGUUGCCAACCGACACCGACAGCGCCUGAGACCACAAGAUCCAACAGACCUUAACUUCGAUGUAAAGGAAAACCACAUUCCAGACGAGUUCCUGCGAGGAGACAUACAAGUCCGCCGCCGUAGGCAUCUGAUAUUCGCAACCGAUCAGCAGCUACAGCACCUUGCUCGAGCCAAGUCUUGGUAUAUAGACGGCACUUUUUUUGCUAUGUCGGCACCCGUUCAACCAGCUGAUGACCGUGAAUGCCUUCGUCAGGACCGACGACCAUGCCAAACAAGUCAGUGCCUCUCCUCUUCGUACUGAUGUCACGAGGAAAGAAAACGACUACAAAAAAAAGUGCUCAAGCGGCUACUCGAGAUCCUCCCCUCAGCCCCGGCCGUUCAACAAGUGACAUUAGAUUUAGAGAGAGCAGUGUGGGCCGCUUUAAGGGACGUCAUCCCCCAUGUUAGGCUGCACGGUUGUGUUUUGCACUAGACCCAAGCCCUGUGGAAAAAGGUUAGUAAAUAAUAAAAGUAGGAAAACUUACGAACUUAUGAACUUAGCCAUAAUAGGGACAUAAUUGUUUCGGGGAGAUAUGAAAUGCUUUAAAAAUGUUUUACAAAACUGGUCUUUCGAAUCAAUAAAUUUAUUGGAGAUUAGAACUCCGUAAAAAUAGAAUCAGCAGCCAAAUCUUUUCUUUUUAUCCAUACUACAGGUGCAGGAACUCGGCCUUCAAUCAUCGUAUACUCAUGACCUUGGUACGCACUCAUUCAUUAAAAAGAUGAUAGCGCUACCUUUCCUUCCUGAAGAAGAGAUAGAGCCCAUGUUUCAACGACUUCAACGACAUGCUUCGGAGCCUCUACAGCAGUUCACAGAGUACGUAAACGAUACCUGGAUCAAUGGCACGUGGGGACCUUCUGACUGGACCGCAUUCAAGAAAGCCAUCCGCACCAACAAUGAUGUUGAAGGCUGGCACAAUGGCCUCAACCGCCGAGCUGGACGGGGACAGCUUCCAAUGUAUUUGCUGAUAAAGUUUCUACACAAAGAAGGUACACUUACCGCCCUCCAGAUCCGUCUCGUUUCCGAGAAGAAAUUGAGAAGAAUACAGCGACGCAAGUACCGAGAGCUGCACGCGAAGAUGUUCGAACUUUGGGACCAGUAUGAAGCGAAAGAACGAUCAGCCAAAAGUUUGCUGAAAGCAUGCUCCCACCUCAAUGGACCAAGGAAAAGUUAA